AUGGAGGAUAUCAACUCAAAUAUCAACGCGGACUUGGAGGUGCGGAAGCUACAGGACUUGGUGAAGAAACUCGAACAGCAAAAUGAACAGCUUCGGAGUAGGUCCACACUGUUGUCCUCGUCAGGAGCAGUGUCAGGGAACCACAGACCCCUUAGUGCCGGAUACGAGUCGUCCCUGUCAGCCGGGAUGGCAGCCGGUCUGGCCGGCUUCCCUGGGGUGGGGUUCGGCGGAACGGGAGGCUACGGUGGGCUUUUGGAGAAUAAUCGUUGUCUGAGCCCCAGACUGUCUUACGAUGGCAUCAGUUUCAGGAGAGCAUAUGAGGCUGAAGGGGCAUCGGCUGCCAGCUCCGUCUCCAGUAUGAACUCAUUUUAUCCAGAAACCGCUGGAAGCUUUAAAGACGAAGGGGAACCCUCAAUCCUAGACGAAGUAGAAAUAUUAGAUCUGGAAGACAUGGAUUGUCUAAACGAAGAUGAAGACAGCUGGCUGUAUGAGGCGAAACUGAACAGCCCCCUUCAGAAAUCCUUGAGUCCUAUCGUGUGGUGCCGCCAGGCUCUGGACAACCCCAGUCCUGACAUGGAGUCGGCCAAGCGCUCCCUCAUCCACAGACUGGAUCUCACUAUGGCGGCUAACAAGCGCAGGAGCCUGUAUGGAAGCCCCUACAGCCCACAAGUUGGCUAUGGAAGCCCAUAUAGCACAAACACGGCAAACAGCCCUUACAGCAGUGGCUUCAACUCCCCCUCCUCCACCCCUAGCAGAGUGCCCAUUGUCAGACAGCAGCUAAUGCCUGGGAAUGCAGUUCACCAGCGUAACGCCGCAGCAGACAGAAAUCCUCCAGCGGUGAGCCCACAAUCGUCAGUGGACAGUGAGCUCAGCACCUCAGAAAUGGAUGAGGACUCAGUGGGCUCCUCAACCACCUACAAACUCAAUGACGUCACUGAUGUCCAGAUACUGGCACGCAUGCAGGAGGAGAGUUUGAGACAGGACUAUGCUGCGACAGCGUCCAGGCGGAGCUCAGGUUCAUCCUGCCACUCACUGCGGCGCAGCACCUUCAGCGACCAGGAGUUAGACGCACACAGUCUGGAGGACGAGGAAGAGGCAGUGCACCCUGCGUUCCACCUGCCCUCAAACCGCUUCAGCCCCUCACCUCGGCACUCUCCCCGUGCCUCUCCCAGGAACUCACCCCGCUCACGUUCCCCAGCCCGCUCUAUUGAAUAUAGCCACAGCCGCGGCUCACCUCAGCCCAUCAUCAGCCGCCUGCAGCAGCCUCGCCACUCUCUGCAGGGCCACGGGCCCGACCUGCAGACCAAUGUGGUCAAGAACGAAGAAAAGCUGCGUCGUAGUCUUCCCAACCUCACUCGCUCCUCAGCAGUAGCGGCCCAGGCCCCAGAGCCCGUCAAGAACAGCCGCAGCUGUGAGUCCAACCUGCAAGUGCCAAAUGGAGGCUCUCCCAGACAUCAGAGCCAGUCUGCUACAGCAGCCCAAAUCCCAAGGUACUCGGCCCCCUCUCGCUCCUCCCCGAAACCCAAACAGCACCUCCAAAGCCCAUCUGCCCUCCGAGUCCCUCUAUCCUGUUGCUUUGGAGAAGAAGGUGAUUUCAUGCCCUCUCCCAGUAAGCUGCGAACUCCAGCCACCCCGUCUCCGCUGGCGUUGAGGCAGCCAGUGAAGGCCACGUCCAACCCGGGCUCUGGCACCUCCACGCCCACACGCUCCCUGGCUCCUCCACGCAGCGGCCUGCCUCGCCCCAGUGCCCCUGCCGGAGGGGGCAUCCCUCUGCCCCGCAGCAAACUGGCCCAGCCUGUGCGCAGGUCUCUGCCUGCUCCUCGGACCUACAGUGGCACAGGUGAGAACUGGAGAGAAGGCUGUUACUGAGGCUGGCCAGCAGGGGGCUCUCUAGUUAAACCAUGAACACAAGGAGGCAGACAUGACAAUACGGCACUUUAUCUACCAAGAUUACUUUUACCAUGAAAAGAGAGAGAGACUAUGUCAAAAGAAAAUGAAAAAAACACAAAAGACAAAGUCUACAUUGUAUCAAAGAGGACCUUCCAUUGUGUUUCUCUGCGUGGAGAGGUUCUGGAGCGGUCAGGCAUGUAGUGCAGACGGCCCAGAAAAUGCCAAAGAAACCAGCCCAACUCCAGCUCCGCCACCAGAGGACACCCUCACCUGCCUCAGUGUGUCUGCAGUUUUCUGUCAUAACGGUUCAUAUCACCAUAUCUCCAGCUCUCCUCCCACUCCCCUCCCAUUUUCAUCUUUCACUCCCUCAGGUUGAAAUGUUUCAACGCAUUUCUCUUUUUACGCUCUGUGUUCAACAGAUGUUAGUGAGAGAUCUCUAUGAUGAUGCUGUGCAGGUAAAAUGUCCCUUAAUGUUAGAGAAUUGUUGGUGUCUUGCGGCAGUGAAAGCACCUCUGUAUGGUUGUGUCAUUUAAGAAUUUUUCCUCUAGUGAAUUAAGCCAGAAUGUAUGCACACGUUUCUUUUGGAAAUUAUUUAUUCAAAUUAUUUAAGUUUAUGUCCAAACAUCCAUAUCAGUAUUUGUAUUAAGAUUAAAAUAGUUAAAUGUACAUUUUGAACCUCAACGGCAAGCUAACUCUCCAAAGCCUUCAUUUUGUUUGCUUGUGUCAAAACAGGAUUUGUAAUUCCUUUUAUUAGGAGCCCAGGUAACAAAUGACAAAUGUAGGCCAAAGCCUCAGAGCUGACAAACUUGUACCACAGUUUGCCAAAAUCAUACUUUCCUCUGAAGUGCUCAUAUUGAACAAGCAAGGAUAUUCCUCUUUUUCUUCAGUUUUAGAUCAAUUUGACAUUUGGUCUCCAUGAAAUAUGUAAUUUACAAGAGCUCAUCAGAAACCUGAGCUUUCUAAAUUUUUCUGUCAUAAUUAAAGCCUUGCAGCCAAUGAAAACAAGCACAGAGAGCCACUUUGAUAGUUAAUGUAACCCCUGCAACAACAUUGUCAGUGUGAAACAUCCAUGCCAUGAGAAAGAGCAGAAAAUAUCUUCACUAUUCAAGAAAUGUUCAGUAAGUUCAGAGUGUCCAUUGCCUCUUGUGCUUUAAAAAUGAAUCAAGAGGUGCGCGAAUGUUAGGGGUGGUGUCUAGUAAUUGGUGUGCUGGGUAUUAUUAAACUAGUGCCUAUAAUUUAAAGUUUCAGUUUAUUUUGAACAUGCUGUACUUGUUCAUUUAUUUUUUUGUGCCAAUUUCUGGAUUGCCAAUAUUAUUUGCAGUUUUGCAUCUCUGCUUGAUUGAUUUGCUUGCCUAUUUGUGUUUGGAGUUUUUUUUGUAAUUGAAUCAAAACAUUUAUAAUUGCUUUUUUAAAAAAAUAUGUUUAAUAUGGGCCUUCAUAUUUAUAACUAAUUGCUCAUUCUGUAAAUGAAACUAUUUAUUAAAGAGAGAGGUGCCUCUGUCAAAGCUCAGAUUCAGUGGGAAGCUAGAACGAAUGUUGCAAAAAGACAUGCCACACCUUUUGUGUGAAAGUUUUUGUUAUUGAAUUUUUUUUUAUAUCCACAAACAUGACAUUCAGUUUCCCUGUGUAAACUCACAUUUCAAAUAAAAGCUGAAAAGGUGUU